CUAUCUAAUAAUUAUGAGGUUGAUAAUGACAACAAACAUGAACAAACAAAAAGAAAAAAGAAGGUUGUAGAGUUAAAUGAAUAUGAUAGAGAAAAAAUUGAAGAAAAAUAUUUAUUAAUGAAGAAAGAAUAUAUGUGGCAAUUGUUCUCUGGAAAGUAUGUAGAAGAAGAAAUUUAUAAUCUUGGCAGAUCAUUAAGUUAUGAACAUAAUAUACAUUCAUUCAUUGUUGAUAUCAAUGAUAAUGUUAUCAAAAAUCACUUUACAGAGGAUGAGGUUAUUGAAAUCAGGGAUGCACCUAGGCCAACAACCAAAGGAUUAUCUAAUGAAGUGCAUAAAUACCUAGGAGAUCUUUAUGAAAAGUCAAACUUGAAAGAGAUAAGAGAUUUCAUUAAUAGGACUGAUGAAAGAUUAGACAGAAAUUAUGAUAAAGAAAAACAUUAUGAUAUAGAUUACAUAAGAUUUGCCUUGUAUGCAAUGGUUAGAGAACUAGAAAGUGGUGGAUUAAAAAAUAACAAUUUAGAAUCAUG